AUUUGUUUGUAUUGGAGAAGUCCCAUACAGUUUUAACAAAUUUUUUGAAGAAAUAAUAUAAUUUUCAGACAUUAUAUGAGUUUACUGCUUGAAUAACUUUUUUAUGUGUUUUCUGUAUUUCUCGAAAACAUUUAGAAGUCAUUGCUUCAAGGUCUUCUCUUGAUUUCUCACAAAAAUGUCAAAAUGCUUUUCAUCAUCCAAGUACAGUUUGUUAUUUUGGAUAAUUUUUUUUAUUUUUUGUUAGGACAGCUCAUAUUAAGGUGGAAUAUUAGGGCAUCGCUAAAUGUUUGAAAGUGCAUUAUCUUGGCCAGGCAGGAAUGAUCAGAUUUCAAAGACAUUUCAUCAUCCAGAAUUAAAUUUUAAAUUCUUGUUCCAUUCAUCAUUAAUUUAAUGUUCUGGUGCAAUGUACACAAACACACAUACUUUUGAGGAUUCUUGUUCCACUUUUUUGAGAAGGGAUAUAGUCAGUGUUAUAGUGAUUGAAUUAAAUUGAGAAAAUUCAACUUUUCUUUGGAAAAAGAAGAGGAGAUUACUGUGUUAGUCACAGACACUGCAAAAUUGGGAAGAUUGGGAAUGUAAUGAUUGUCUGUAGCUGUUUCAGUCAACUCAACUCAAUUAAUUUAUUAUCAAAAACAUAAAAUGUAUGCACAAUCAUCAAGAUACAUGUAUAUACAACGUGAUAUAUAAAAGUACUAAAUCCAAACAGAAUUAGCCAUGUAACCUACAAUAAUAUAAACUAAUUGUGGAGGUCUACAUUUUUUCUUUUUAAGUAUUCUUGAAUACUAUAUUUUUUUAAAAUAAGAAACAUAUAAAGUUUAUUCAGGAAUUCCCUGUCAUCAGCAAUACUUUUUUAGUAAAGAGGUAAGGAGUUAAAAAGACGAAUGCAGGCAUAAAAACUCUGUUUAUCAAAUAAUUUUGUUUUGUGGCGAGGUAAGAUAAGGUCAUUUCUAUUUAUUAAAUGGUAAUUAUUAUUAACAUUGUUGGUGACAGAGAAAUUUUGUGAUACUUUUUGUAAAGUUAAAGUCAUUAAAAAAUGUAAAUAUGUGGGAAAGUCAGACCUCAAACUAGGCUCGAUUGCUAUUAGAGAUGACAGGAGAAAUGUCAACCACAAUAAGUACCAAUGUAUUUGGCGGUAAACUGUUGUCUUAGCAUGUUAAUAAGGUAAGAAAAUAGCUUUUAAAUAUAAAAUAGAAUACUACAUUUUGUACUUAGAUCUAAGUUGUUAAUUCAUUAAUUAAUAACCAAUUCAACUUUUUGUAAAAAUAGGUCUAUUUCAUUAAUGGAGCUGUGGGAAGAUCGAGAAGUUCGCUUUGAUGUUCCAAUCUCACAAAUGAAAAUGAGAUCUGGUGAGAAGGUGAUAGAUCGCCUUGAUUUUGUUGAAGAUACAAAAGGAAAUGGUGGAGAUAAAGGAAGGCUAAUAAUAACUAAUUUAAGGCUACUUUGGCAUUCUCUAACAGUUGCAAGAAUAAGUUUAUCUAUUGGUUUCAACUGUGUGCUGUCUAUUUCUACAAAAGUUGUGAAUUCUAAACUGAGGGGUACGACUGAGGCUUUGUACAUUUUAACAAAGUAUGGCAAUUCUCGUUUUGAAUUUAUUUUUACCAAUCUGGUGGCUGGAAACACAAGACAUUUCACCUCCGUCAUGGGAGUUCACAAAGCGUACAUUUCAUCUCGAAUUUAUCGAGAUAUGAAAUUAAGAGGAGCAGUUGUGCGAAAUAAACAACUAAGAAUACUCCCUCUAGAAUCAAUUUACACAACAGUGGAGGGGGUAUGGAAUCUUUCUAGUGAUCAGGGAAAUCUUGGAUCUUUUAUAAUAUCAAAUAUUCGUCUUGUAUGGUACGCAGAAAUGAAUGAGAAUUUCAACGUCUCGCUGCCUUACAUCUGCAUAGCUUCAGUGAGAAUUCGUGAAUCAAAGUUUGGUCCAGCUCUGGUAGUUGAGAGCAAUUCAUCGAGUGGAGGUUAUGUACUGGGGUUCCGGAUUGAUCCAUUAUCCAAGCUGCAGAGCGUGUCACGAGAACUAGCAUCUCUGUAUACGAUCCACACCCAGCAGCCAGAGUUUGGUGUGCAGUACACCAUGAGUAUGCAGACUCCGCUGGUGGAGGAGGCGGCAGUGGUGGCAGAGGAGGUGCAGGAGGUGGAAGAGGCAGUGGCAGAAGGGGAACUGACCACCAGCCUUGCCACCUACAGCUGUCAGACUGGUGAUCAGACAGCAGCCCCUGUCUACUGCCCUCAACUUGGCCUGGCAGUGCAGCCUCUUCGCCCCGGCUACACUCUAGCAUCCCUUUGGCAGGUCAUACCUCCACAGUCCUCCACUAUAGCUGUCUAAGUGCUCAAUAAAUAUAAAAAUAUAGUUUUGGCUAUUCAUAACAAAAUCUCAUCUCUUAUAACAAAAAAAACUGAAAAAUGUCUGAAGAGAAACACUUUUGAUUGUAUAAAAAAUGGCUCAACUCAAUAAGUGUGUCGGUUCCAGUGGUGGGCAGAGUUCUUUUUUACAUUUUAAGGAAAAACAAAAGUAUCAAAGUAAUAAAAACUUUGGGAUGUAGCAUGAACAUUUAAAAAAGACAGAAAUUACCUCAAUGAGCUGGGCAAAGACGUUCUUGUAGACAAAAUUUACCCUGCAAUUUUGAAGCCUCCACCUUAGAAACAUGUAGGUAUUCUCAAAAUCUAUGUCAAAUUUGUGCUUCUCAACCAAAAAAUCCUCCAAAUACCAAUUUUCAUUCAAAUCCGCUGAAAAAUAUCCGGGGGACAAAGGAUAACCUCUUUUCCCUUUGUUUGAUGAUGCCGUCCUGGAAAAAAGUGGAUAAAUUGUAUAACUAAUAUCAGGUUUGUUUCUUGCCUGAAAAAUCCCCCACAAGCCAUGUUUCAUGUAAAUCCGCUUGUAAAUAUCAGAAAACCAUUUCCCGCUAUUUAGAGGCUGCCAUUUUGGAAUGGUAAUAGAUAGUGACUUCUGGUUUGCACCAAAAUGUUUCUUUUUUUAUUUUAUGUCCAACAAUGUUUCUCAUGUGAAGGGUUGCUAUUUGAAAAUUUGGAGUAAGCCGCCCUCCAAUAUUUUUUGAUAGGCCAAAAAGUAGGUUUCUCAUUAACCUACAAAGAUCUCAAAAUUUUUACUUCAAUUGGUCAAACCGUCUAGAAAUGAGAGAUAACCUCAGAAUUUUGGAUAACCCUAUAUAGUAUGACAUUAGUGAAACCUAUCGUUCGAGAGGCUGGAGAAUUUUUAUUUCUGUCUGUCUUUUUAUAUGUCUGCAGAACUUCAGAAAGAAAUACUGAAAUUUUGCACAAAACAUCAUUGACACCUAGUGGUGUGGCAUACUCCUAACUUGUUACUAAGAGAGAACAUUUUUGAAAAGAAUUAGUGUUAAAAAAAAUAUUCACUAGUGUUAACGACAAAUUUACACUGAUCUGUAUUAAUAAACCAGAUUCCGAUAUUGUAACUACACAGGCAACUUAAUAUGUUGGUUCUAGAAAUAUUACUCUCAAUAAUCGUUAAAAUAUCUUGAGAAAUGAAUCUUUACAUUCUGUAACAUAAUUUAAUCAAUAUUCAUUUAAAAAACAGAAGCCUGAAUGUCAGAAAUGACAACAAACUAUCAGAUUUAAUUCAUUUAAUGAAAAAAAGAAAAAACUAUUGGUUGAACAAUAUUAAUUCAUUGAAAUGGUCUAUAGCAUUUUUAGAAAUACAAAAAUAGAAUUCAGUCGACUGGUUUCAUUCACAGCUACUGAAAGAAAACAACUAAUAGAAGUAAAUCAACCAAUUGAAAUUUAUUAAUUAGAUUUACUCAUUAUCAAAACAAUUUUAGGAAAAGUUGUUGAACCGAUAGAGAAGACUUAACAGCAAUUGGGUUUGGUGUUUUCCAAUGGUUUUAAAUCAGGUUUUCCCGUUAAUAUCACACAUACCAUGAGAUUAAUUCUGUUGCCUAAGUUUUGGGCUGAUUAUUAAAUGCAUGACUAUUGAUAUUUGUGUUUCAUAUGAAAUUAGUUGACCUGAUUUGUUUUAUAAACAUGUGCACUAAAAUCCCCCUAAAGUAAUAGUAAUAUUUAUUAAUUUAUACUUGCAAUACAAAGGUAGAUUUAAAAAAAUGUAUAAAACCAUUUGCCUUAUUCAAACUUUACCGUAUGUAAAUGACAAGCCAUUUAACUCAGCAGUUUAUGUUCAUUUGAAGCUAUUUGCAAACCCUGUUACUGUUGAAUAAAAGCUUUAAUUAUCAAAUAUUUGAGGGAGUAAAUUUAACAAUAAAUUAAGAAACAAGAAUUAAAUUUAAUAUAAAUUAUAUAUUUGUAUAAAAUACUUCACAAUUAUAAACAAACACAUUUUAUAACAAAUAACUAAAACUAGUUACAUAUACAGUUCAGGAGAUAUAUCAAUUAGUAACCUGAGUAACAUCUCAAUCUGGCUUGUAUCAUCAUAAAAAUCUCAAUCUUCAUAAACAAUAACAAUAACUAUGAUAACAUUUCAUUCUAGUACAUUUUCCUUUUUUAUUAAAAAAAAUUACAUACACAUUUUACUGCCUUUUUAGUAAAAAUGUAAUUUACAUCAAAAUAAACACAUUUGAAACUGUAAUUAUUUGUUUUUAACAAUAUCCCAACAUUCUUGUGGUAUUAAAUACUUUUAAUUCAGUGUUUUCAAAUUGAUAUUAUUUUGAGUAGAUAACUUAAUUUUCUGAUAUGUUUAACACUUUCAGUGCCAUGACCAAAUAUUCUGUAAUUUUAUGUUCAGCUAAUUUCUGAAAAUGCCAGACCUGGUAAUCUCAGCUAUGUAGAAAGUUUGUAAAACUUUUUUAACUUUGUUAUUUCCAUAGCAACUUAUAAUACUGAAUAUCAAAAUGUUUUUUCUAAUAGGACUAUGCUUUUAUAACCAAAUUUAUUCUUAUUUUGUGCUAUUUUCAAAAAUAAAAUUUUGUACUCUUUUGAAUUACAUUGCUGUUUUUAUAAAUAUUUAAAAAAUGCAAUGGAAAUAAUUUUACUCCCAAAGAAAAUAUUUCUAAUAACAAAUUAGCAAAAUUUCAAUGUGUUAUAUGCACAUAUAUAGACCCUUUAUACAUUUUAGAUUACAUUAUAUAAUUUAAAUAACGCAUUAAAUUGUUUUUAUGAUGUAAAAAACUUGCAGUGCAGCACUAAAGAAUAAUUAUAUAUUACUAAAACACAAAUUAUACAAUGUGAAGAAAUUUGCAAAAUAUAUACAGAUAUUUAAUAUGUGGAUAGGUUACACAUAAUUCUGGGCUGGAUUACUGCCUGCCUCACAACUGAUGGCAGCGCCAUAUUGAACGCUGCUUUGAUAUUCUUAUAAUUUUUCUGAAUUGGAUUUUUACAAAUAUUGCAUUAAUUUAAACAUUGAAAGGCUAAGAAACAUAAAAAUAUAGUCCAGGGAGGAAGAACCAAUUUGUAUUAUAUAAGAAUAUGAUCUUGUUUUAUUUGAAAUCAAUAGAGGAAUUUCUCUUCGAUCGUCAAAUGGACUUGUUUUGGUGGAGCUAGAAAUGGUAGGGUAUUGAAAAGAUUAAAAAUAUGAAACAAUAAUUUUUACCAGAUCAUAUUUUUUUAUAGCUUUUGACACUUAAAAACCAAUCUUCAGACACGUAAAUAAAUGUUUAAUCAGCACCAACUAACUAUAUACAAUCUGAUUAUUUGGCUAAAAGUAAUAACUUUAGUCUUGUUAUCUAGUUUACUGACUUUAUAUCUUGUAAUAAAACUUUUAUUUAUGUGUCCAACUGUCAGUUUUAAGUGUCUCAAGCUAAAGAUACGAUCUGGAAAAAUGUCAAUCUCCACCGAAACUAGCAUGACUGAUGAUGGAUUUCUGUCUUAAGAAAAAUUCCUCUAUUGAUUUCAAAGAAAUAACCAGAUCAUAGCGUUAUAAAAUACAAAUUGGCUCUCAGCUCCUGGACUAAUAGAGAAAUGUGAUGGUGGCGGAGAUUUGUCAGCAUGGCAGUUCACAUAGCAGCUGAUGGUAACUUCAUCAUUGUGGCACUCAAAGAGUUAAUUUUGUCUACACAAAAUAUUAGGAGCAAUUAAAGUAUUUAUUUUUAUAUAAGUUCAACUAUAUUUCAUAUUGUUGUUCAACUUACAAUUAGUCCGGCUCCAAUAAAUAGUUUUAUAGAAUGUGUAGUUCAUCACUAUUGUUACCAUAGAUUAAAAAAACCUAUGAAUUAAUUAUUAAGUAUGGUAAAACACUUGACUUUGUCAAUUGCGUAUAUUAUGUUUAAUGACAAUAAAAUUCUUGAUUCCACUUCA